AACUAUAUUCUUCGUCUCACAAGCAGUCAACAAUGGGGGAGGAGUAAGAGCAGAUUGCAAAAAUAUUGUUGUGAAGAAGAAGCAGCCGCCCUAUUGAUCCAGUUCUUAUCUCAUCCGAGCUCGGCAAGUUCUGAUUACAGAGAGAUGCAAACCGCGGUGUUGAAUCCUAUCUAUUCUUCAUGCAUCAGAAGAACUCAACAAGCCCUAGACCCUCCUUCAACAACCGCAUUAUUCCAUGCCCGCUUAUCCCUCACGAACUCCAUUUUCCUUGCCCGUCAACAAAUUGAGCGACGAUGGAGCAGCUCGGCUCAUUUGAUGAGAACCCAUUUCUCUAACAGAAAACGCACAGGAGAUAUAAAGGCUGUUGCUACCCCAGGUUCCACAGUGGAAUUGUCAUUAACAGCAGGAAACGUGGAGAGUGUACUGGAUGAAGUUCGGCCUUAUCUCAUUGCAGAUGGGGGUAAUGUAGAAUUACUUGAAAUUGAUGGCAAUAUUGUGAGGUUGAAGCUACAAGGAGCAUGCGGUUCUUGCCCAAGUUCUGCAAUGACUAUGAAAAUGGGAAUUGAACGCCGCCUGAUGGAAAAGAUUCCUCAAAUAGUUGCAGUGGAACCUAUAGCAGAUGAGGAAAUUGGGUUAGAGUUGAAUGAAGAAAAUAUCGAGAAUGUUCUUGAGGAACUAAGACCUUACCUGGUGGGUGCAGCGGGUGGAAGGCUUGAACUAGUGAAAAUAGAGGAGGCGAUUGUGAAAGUAAGGAUAACUGGUCCGGCAGCAGGGGUAAUGACGGUUAGAGUGGCUGUUACACAGAAGCUUAAGGAGAAGAUUCCGACCAUUGCAGCUGUUCAGCUUUUAUCAUAAGCUGGUCACAUUAAGAUAUUCUAUAAGACUAUAAUCUAUGUUAUGUUGGUUAUUACACCCUUUCAUUGUUGGUUGUAAAAUGUGUUAACAUAACCUUCAAGACAUAGAAAAUUCUUUGGAGAAUAACUCAUUUUUUGAGUUGUGAAUACUGAAAUUGGUUUCUUGGAUUACAUGAUGAUCCAUAGAAUAAAGUUUAAGGAACUAUUUGAUAUUA